ACGCCCCGGAGCCGCAAGCCCAUCCACAUCGCGUCACCUGAUCAGAAGACGGCGGCCCAGACCGCGGCGCCCGUGGCUCCCGCCGCGGCAUCGGCGACGGUGAAGCCAGCGGCCCCGCAGCAGGCCGGUCUGUCGGCGCCCAUGAGCCCGCCCUCCAGGCGCGGGCGCGGCAGCCGACCAUCCUCGCCGAGGCCGCAGGCCAACGCGGCCAAGUACUUCCCGUCCAACUCGUACAGCCCCACGCGCGACCAGUGCCCCACCUCCCCGCCGUCCAGGAGGAUGCGCCCGCGCCUCAGGUCCGCGGACUCGGUCAGCUCUUUGAGCUCGGACGCCGUGUCGAGCCCGCAACUUCCCCGGGCGUCCAAGCACAAGAAGGACGCCGAGUCUCCGAGAGGGGUGCUCGUCAAGCCCAUCGUGCAGGUCCGCUACGAGGACAGGGACAUGCGCGACGUGGACGACGAGGAGAUGAUGCGGAUCGUGGACAAGGAGAGGAAGUCGACCAACCUGGAUGACGCGCUCAGCGAGUUAGAGGCCAUCUACAAGAGCCUCCGCCUGGGCGACGAGGACCUCCUAGACCGCGCCGAGCGGAGGGACCUUCCUGCUCCGCCGACGCAUUUUUUGACAUACCAGCGCUCAUCCUCGUUGGAGGACGACACCGAGGGCUCCUCGGCGGGGCCUGCGUCGGAGUCGGCCCCCCGCAGCAGGGAAAGGGGCCCGCGGCGCUCCGGCGUGCCGGACAAGGUAGCGGACGACAUGGCCCUGCGCAGAAUGCGGCAGGCGGAACGCCCGCCCUCGCAGCAGGACUCGCGGAGCAUCGUGUCGCAGGCCGGCAGCUACUUGCUCGUGUCCACGGCGCUGUCCUCGCCGCAGUCGCCGCUCUCCCCGCGCGCCGCGUCUCACCUCUCGCUCUCCCCGGAGCCGGGCACCGAGCCCGACGUGACCCUCGAUGACGUGGUUUACCGCACCGUGCGCCAGGCUAACUCCACCCUGAAGGUGGCCGAGCACCAGCCGCCCUUCGGCAUCCCCCUGGGCCCCGUGGCGCCGUCCCCCAACAGCGACUACUUGCACGCCACGCCGCAGGACCGCUAUCGGCCCACCUUCAAGCCCAGGCGCACGCCCGACGUGGUCAAGGACGACUUGGCCUUCCGCUCGCUGCGCAAGGACGGCGCACGGGACUCGCAGCUGCCGCCCAACACGGGCGAGACCGUCCAGCUGCACCCCACGGUAGCGACGCCCCCGCCCAGCGAGCCCACCACGCUGCGGAACAAGCGCGCCGUGCGCUCACUGAGCGCCAACAUCUUCAGCCUCAUCCAACGCGAGGUGGACGCCAUGGACUCGCCGCUGCACGCGCCGGAACCCGGCCCGCCCGGUAAGGAGAAGCAGGACUUCGAGAAGGCGCAGAGCGUGUCGGACCUGGCUGCCGUGCUGCAGGUGGCGCAGAAGGUGCAGGCCAGGAAGGCGGCUCAGCAGAAGAAGAGCCUCGACCCGGAUGCCACUCCCCGCGCCUCGACCUGCUAUGGGGACGCCGCCGCCACGAGCACUGAGACGCUGACGGACAGCAUGCUGGACCUCCAGCACCCGAGGUCCCAACCUAGCCCCAGGUUGGCGCCGAGCGCGCCGUCGUCCGAGAGGGAACAGAGCUCGUCGGACAACCUGGACAGUCUGCUCGACGAGAUGGCCAAGGAGGCUCGCGAGACGAGCGAGAAACUCGGUCGUGAGAUCGAAGAGCUGGUGUCGGUCGAGUCCAAGGGACGCACACCUAAAGGCACUCCCAAAGGCACACCCAAGGGCACACCCAAAGGCACGCCUAAGGCCAAGAGGCGCUCCAAGACCGCAGCGGAGGUGAAGCUCUCCCACGAGGAGAAGAAUCGCAUGCUGAAGGAGCAAGUGCUCGCGCAGGCGCGAGCCCGGUCGGGGUGCAUGGAGCGGGACCGCGAGGCGAACAGCUCUCCUUCACCAGACAGGGAGGCGGAGAAGGGCCGCGAGGCGGACCAAGCGCGCAUCCUGGAGCUGAGCGAGACGGCCAGGUCACAGAUGGAGUCCCUGCAGCAGCUCACUGAGAUGCUGUCGCCCAAGCCCUCGAGGCGGAGAACGGCUGCGGCCGAGUCGCGGGGCGGGAGUGAGGCGCCGAGGCUGUCGCCCACCCCGUCCCGACGGACCGUCACUGAGUCCAACAGCAGUCGCGAGGCCUCCGUGUCGAAGCUGUCGCCAAGUCCGUCGCGGCGCACCAAGAUGGACACGGCCGCGCCGCGAAAGACGUCGCCCAUCGAGUCAGUCCGGCCCACCGAGCCGUCGACGGCCCCGCGGCUUUCGCCGAUUCCGUCGCGGAGGUCCGAGCCUCAGAGAGGCGACUCCGCUGGUGAGCCGAACAUCUUCAAGCUCCUGCUGCUGCGGGCCAGGAGCUGCCAGCAGGACUGCCAGCAGGUUACCAGGCCAGAGGAGCAGCGUGAACAGCCGCCGCAGCAGGACCUACAGGACUUACAGGAUGACGGAGAGGAGGAGGACGAUGAGCGACGAGUGAGCUUCGAGUACGACACUUGUCGCUUCGAGGACUACCUCCAACUCUGCUACACGGGAGUGUACUCAUCCGAGGAGCACCAGGACUCGUUGGAGCCCGAUCAGCAGGAGCCACAGGGCCUGCAGGAUCUACAGGACCCUCCUUCAAAUUGUAGUGCAGCACUUACUUCCACAUCGAUCUCUUGGGACCCAAAAAACCACCCUUUUAACAAGCAGCCUUGGCCGGAUAACGUAUCCAGGUCCCGGAGUGCGACCGAUCUUUCACGAUCUAUUGAGUCAUUUACGGGUCGCUCCAGAUCUGAGGAUCGGAAAGAGCCGGCCGAAUCAGGGGACGACUCUUCACAUUCCAGGUUACCUUACAGCAAAGACUGUUCUUACAGCCCGUCCGAUUCUAGAGACGGCCGAUCGUACUCGAUUAGAGAAGAAAAUUAUUCUCACAAAGAGGACCGGCUUUAUUCUGAAAGUCCUUACAACAGAGAAGAUUGUAGCGAAUCCAGAGAUUUUUUCAGGGAAGACGAUCAAGCAUAUUCAAAUUCCAGAGACCUUUCAAGUAGAGAAGAAACUCAGGAUUCUUCCUGGGACCCGACAACCACUACCACCUCAAUCAGCGGGGAGUACCCGCUUUCCCCCCGGGAACAACUCGGCGUCGAUCACAGCUUCACCGGCUCUUGGUCGAGACCACCGUCGAGGCCGACCUGCCAAGGGCAUCGGCGACGUCGGGGGGAGAACUAUGAAGAGGAGGACAGCGAGGACGCGGCCGCGGACCGAGAAGUAGCUCGCGUCUUCCGUGAGGAUGUGGCCACCUCUUCUUCAGGGCGCCAUAAACACCAACACCAACGCUGUCGCUGCUGUUCCAGCGUCCACCAGGACGACCAGGACGCCGGCGUCGAUGAAGACGACCGUGCAGUCCACCACCUGCUGUCCGAGAGCGCUCUGAUCGACGGCGUGACCGCCGACAGCCUUACGUCCUCGUCCUUCCAGUACGGCGACAGCGGGUCUUCUGAGCCGAGCGGCUCCCCCAGCGGGCCUACGCACUACGUGGACACGCUCGAGGAGUGCUCGGAGGUGCUGCGGACCGACUCGGUGCCCGUGCGCACCGACUGCGGCACAGACGACUACUGCUACGAGACCCUCGCCGAUGUCACCGACUGCGACGAGGAUUGGGUCGUCCCCGUGACAUGGUGUACCUGGUCCAGGGAGGGCAGCGUGCCACACACAACCCCACCACCACCUGCGCCCGCGCCACACCGAGACCCGCAGGACGCCACCGACGCCAUGGGGGAAGAGGCCGCCGCGGACCAGUCGCGCGCCAGGAUCGCGCGCUACAAGGAGGAGCGCCGCAGACAGCUCGAGGCGCAGUUCGGGCCGCGGGACGCCGGCGCGGCUCUCGCGAGGCCCGGCGGGGGCGGCGCCACCUCCAGCGAUGAGGGCACGGGCGCGCCGCGGAGGCAGCCCGUGCGCCUGAGUCCCCGAAAGUCCCAGUCUUCGUCGCUGUCGGCGUCGCCCGGUGCGCCGGAGAAGGACAAGAGCCACAAGCGCAAGUCCAACCUGAACCGCGCGCACACCGAGGAGGCCGUCGACUCUGGAUGUUAG